AUGACCGCCGGCUUUAGUCAGUCGGUGACCUGCUUCUUAGUUUUUGAAAUCUUCUUGGUAUUUGCCGAACACCAGGGCGGUAUAAAUGAAUCCAAGAUUAAAAAUCUAGAAGACUUAAAACUUGAUGACAGUGAUAUUUUGUCUAGUGAAAAGACACCUGAAGCUCAAAGAAAGAGAGAUCCCGGAUACUAUUACAGUAAGACAGAGAGAUUUACUUUUGGUGGUCAUCAUGGUUAUCCACGACCUGGAUACAGCGGUCGGAUCGUUAAUCGGCUGCAAAACCAAGUAAAUCGACCUUUUAAACAUUAUGGACCACCUAAUCAACAAGGACCAGCAUAUAAUUACGAACCGAAUAAAUCAAUACCCUCCGAGACUCUUUCAAAUCAAGAUAUACCGAGUCCUAUUCGAGAUACUGACUUUGUCGAAGAGAGUCCUAUUGCAAGUCAAAAUAAUCAACCAUUCGGACAACAUACUGCUAACUAUUUACCACCACAAAAUCAAAAACUUCCAGCAAGUAAUGCGCCUCACUUAUUUUCUAAUCAACACCAUGACUUUUCUGGAGGACAUCAACAAUUUCAAAAUCAACAACAAAGUCAGCGACUUCAACUGAAUAAUCAAAAUUCUCUUAGUCAAGACUUUGACACAGCAAAUCCUAAUGAUUUCCAAAAUCAGCAGAUUUCGGACGCUGCUAUAUUUUUAAGUCAAAAUGCUCAAGCUAUAUCGAAUCUGUACGGUGCACCUGCUCCUAAUGAGAACUACGCGCCUCAUAAUCAAGAGUUUGAGCAAAUAGAGUCAAAUCAGCGACCAAGCCAACAUAACUCUCAGAGUUUGAAUUUUCAAGCUAAAAACAUUGAUCAAUCUCUUGGAUUUCAAGGACAAUUACCCUCUUACGCUUCUGGACUCCUUAAUACACAAGAAACUUUAGAAAAAAUACAAUCAUUGGAAAAAGAUAGGAUUAUUGCGCAACUGCAACAGGCACUGUCCAAUCGGGAAUCAGCAGCAAGACAUAAUGAGAAUAUUAAUGACUAUUCACAACGCGAAAACUUACAAGUUGUUACAUCUCAAAUACCAUCAAUAAAUGAACCAUCAAUAAGUCAGCAGACACCCUUCUUACCUACUAGUACAAGCUCUACGGGAUAUCAGGGAUUUUACGCACCACCAAGACCUGUAACUACUACAGCAUUACCUCCAGUUUCUUUCCCAACGACAGUCUCCACAACUACUACUCAUCCACCAAACCAUGGUUUUAGUGGGUCCGGCAGUACACAAAUAGGAAACAAGUUACCUGUUCCUAGCAAUUCGAGACCAACAAUAGUAAAUGCCGGAUUUCCGCAGUACGCCGGAUUUGUACCAACAUUUGUUUCCACAGGCUUUAUUCCAAGUAGUCCGGCUUAUGCAACGACGUUAAUUCCUACUACAUCUUUGAAACCAGCUGAUAAUUCACCAACCCACUUCGGCAUUCCUAUCCCCACUUUACAGGGCCCGAAGCCACCAACGCAUCAACCUCCGAGCACUACACCAGCUACGACGAAGCCAUCCAAUAUUCCUUCACGCCCUAGUACGCCUACGUUCUCAAUACCCUUAGGACCAGUGCCCACUUUUCUUCAACCUCCAAUUGUCAAGCCUAAGCCGAUACCGGUAAUUCCUGCCGCUACACCAGUUCAUCCGACAUACGGAAUUCAUCCUGCUGUGGUUAAUCCGAGUUUCGUCUACAAGCCAGUGAAAGUGUUUCCGGUUUAUUAUUAUCCUAAUAUAGCUUAUCAAUCGAUACAUAAACCAGUGGCAUCAAUACCAACACAUCCUUGGAGUUAUGCACCAUCUUUCACACAAACGAAGCCAUCAUCGAUCUGGAAAUAAAAGUUUAAAUAUUAUUGUUAAAAUAGUUUUUAUAAGAUGAAUUGAACCAGGAACUGUUGUGUUUUUUUUACAUUUGCGUACUAAAUUGAUCGAUUGUACAUUACAAUUUAGUGAGUGUAUGUCUUUUCUAUGUUAUAAGUAUGUUUGUAUAUAUAAAAUACUAUUUAUUAUUUUUUAAUAAAAAAACGUUACGCUCUUAAUUAUGUUUUAUAUGUAAAUCACAAUUGUAUAUCUUUAUUUUUUUUAUAAUUGUAAAAAGAGAUAUUUAAUGCACCAUGAGUGGUUGAAAACUUACAAAAGCAAAUUGCAAGUUUUUAUUGCAGUGUGACAAAAAGCAUUCCCCAGCAUCUUAUUCGUUUCCUGGAACCUUAUGCAUAUCUUAUUGUAAUAUUAAAUAAAAUAAGAAGCACUAUUUAAUC